UGCCAUUUCAUCACUGUUAUCUUCCGCGCCAUGUUUCCAACCAAUUCAACGGAUAAGGGCACAAAUCAGUAGUCGCCGUUCAUUAGGAGAAUUCCUCAGAUGGUUGCGGGGGCAGCGGUGUUAGGGUUUCCGCCACUUAUCUCAUGGCGAUCGAUGCUUUCAUAUCCCCGAGCCCGGCCGGUAUCCUCUAAACACUUUGGCCGUCGGCUGCAGCUUCACCCUAUCUUAGCUUCUCUGGUGGAGGAGCAGCGUGAAGUUUCCUUCAUCGAGCCGGAAAUGGCUCUUGUCAAUGCCCUUAUAGGGAUCCAAGGGCGCGGCUUUUCAGCCUCUGCUCAGCAGCUGAAGGAAGUGGAGCAUGCCGUGGAAACGCUAGAGAAAGUAAAGGGCAUACCUGAUCCUACAAACUCCAGUUUGAUUGAAGGUUGUUGGCAACUCAUAUUCACUACAAAGCCAGGAACGGCAUCUCCCAUUCAAAGAACAUUUGUGGGGGUCAACAGUUUCAAGAUUUUUCAAGAGGUUUACCUUAGGACCAAUGAUCCAAGGGUGACAAACAUUGUACAAUUCUCCGAUCAAAUUGGUGAACUUAAAGUAGAGGCUGCAGCUACAAUUAAAGAUGGAAAGAGAAUCCUUUUUCGGUUUGACCGAGCUGCUUUCACCUUUAAAUUUUUGCCUUUUAAGGUUCCAUACCCUGUGCCAUUCAGGCUUCUUGGGGAUGAAGCGAAGGGGUGGUUGGACACAACUUAUUUGUCAGCAAGUGGAAUUAUUCGAAUUUCAAGAGGGAACAAGGGGACUACAUUUGUGCUACAAAAGAAACUUGAACCAAGGCAAAAAUUGCUGCUGGCAGUGUCUUCUGGGGAAAAAAUAGCAGAUGUGAUAGAUGAAGUCAUCUCAUCAAGGCAGAAUAAUGUCAUUGCAGAUUUAGAAGCUCUAGAAGGAGAAUGGAAGUUAGUGUGGUCUUCACAGGCAAGCGAUGAGAGCUGGAAAGUUGCUACUGCUAAUGGUUUAAAAGGUUUGCAGAUUGUAAAGAAAAAUGGCUAUCUGGAGAACCUCGUGACUCCUUUUCCAGGAUUUAGAUUCUGUGCUAUUGGCAGUAUUGUUAAGUCUGAUGCAACUAAAUUUAAAGCAACAAUAAAUAGUGCAGCAUAUGUUACUGGCUCAAUCAGAUUCCCCUUCGAUAUGAAAACUAGUUACAGCAUGGAACUAUUGUACAUAGAUGACAAAAUCAGAAUAACUCGACAAAAUGAAGAUAUAAUAUUGAUUCACCUGCGCAGAAGCAAUAAAUAAAGCAUAAUAGAGAAAUUUAAAGCUGUAAGUAUCUGAAAUUUCCAUAGUUUCUUAAAUGAGAUUUGGUCUUAACUUUUUUGCCAGCUUCCAGCAACCGCAAAUUAUAGGUAUUUCUGCAUGCGUCAUGUACAGAAAUUAUUAUAUGUUUGCAACAUUGUAAGUAUGUUAACCUGUUUCAUUACACGCAUUAUGCCUUGUUUGAUAUAUAUGUGAAUUAAAUGAGAAGCUGGGAAUGAAGGAAUUUGAUUUGUCAACA